CGCCACAUCAGAUAAGAUACCAGGUUGAUUAAACUUAUAAAUAAUGGUCACGAAAGAGGUUUUUAAUUAUUUCAGAAAAGUUGAUCUCGUUUCAGGGUUUUUUCAAUGGAAGUAUUCGCCGUUCUUGCUGUUUUGGUGCUCUACGUGAGCUCAACUCACGCCUUGAGUAACAGGCCAUUUCCAGCAGACUUCAAAUUCGGAGUUUCCACUUCAGCCUAUCAGAUAGAGGGAGCGUGGAAUGAAUCCGGGAAGGGUGUCAGCAUUUGGGACUAUAUAACCCACAAUCGCAGCUCCUUCAUCCUGGACAGGAGCAACGGGGACGUGGCCUGCGACUCUUACCACAAACUAGAUGACGACAUAGCAAUGCUCAAACACCUCGGUGUCGACUUCUACCGCUUUUCCAUAUCCUGGACUAGAAUCCUCCCUACCGGGAGGGUGAACGAAGGCGUCAACUUGGACGGGGUGAAUUAUUACAGGAGUUUGCUGAUGAAACUCAAGAAGGAGAACAUAGACGCCAUGGUGACCAUCUUCCAUUUCGAUCUACCCGUAGGUCUGCAGUCGGAGAACAUGUUCGUGAACGGAAGCCUCAACAGUUUGUUCGUGGACUACGCGAGGUUGGCCUUUCUGCUCUUCGGCAAUGAAGUGAAGUACUGGGUUACCUUCAAUGAGCCCAGGGGUGUGUGCAACGAUUUUCUGGAGCAGUUCUCCAAACAGCCUGGUCGAGAUUCCUACACGUGCGCCCAUAACAUAAUCAAGUGCCAUGCUGCGGUGUAUCGUAUGUACGAUGAGGAGUUCAGGGAUGAGUAUGGAGGAAGCGUGGGUAUAGUCCUGAAUACAAAUUGGGACGAACCUGCAACUGACAAAAAGGCAGAUGUCGAUGCGGCAGAAAGAAAAUUAAUAUUCGAGUUCAGCUGGUUCGCACAUCCCAUUAUAUAUGGGGAUUAUCCAGAACUUAUGAAGCAAAGGAUAAAGCAGUUCACACUUCCAUUUUUCUCGAACCGUCUUCCAAAGUUCACUGAGGAUGAGAAAUUGUAUAUCAAGGGUACAGCGGAUUUUCUGGGCAUUAAUCACUAUACGAGCAGUUACGUCAGCGACCAGCCAAAUUUUGACUUGUUCAGGACAUUCGAGAAGGAUUUGGGAGUGCUUAUGACCUACGAUCCUGAAUGGAAGAACACCUCGUUGGAUUGGCUCAAAGUGACACCUUUCGGAAUGAGGAAGAUUUUGAACUGGACCUAUACUACCUACAAAAUUCCAUUGAUUGUUACAGAGAACGGAUACGUUGAAGAUGGUAUUUUGCUUGAUGAUGAAAGAAUCAGCUAUCUGGAGAGCUAUUGGAGCGGUUUACUAGAUGCAAUCUACAUCGAUAAAGUCGAUGUUUUCGGGUAUUCUACAUGGAGUUUGAUGGAUAACUGGGAAUGGACCAGUGGUUAUACGCAGAAGUUUGGAUUAUACUACGUAAAUUUCUCUAGUCCCACCAGAGAACGUAUACCGAAGAAGUCUGUAGCCUAUUAUAAAAAAGUUGUGGAAUCUCACUGUCUGGUCGAUCACUGUGAAUAAAUGAAUUUUGAUUAAGGAAUACGAGAUAGCAAACGUUAUCGAUUGUUUAAAACAAUUCGACUGAGUAGAAUAUUCGUUUUCAUGGUGUGAAUUUAAAAAUACAUUAGAGGAUAUGAAUCUCAAUCUUAAAUAAGAUUUAAGGUAUCCUGCAAAUGAAAAUAAUAAAAAAUAUGUUUCAUUAAA